AUGGACCCUCACUCUCAUUUCGUGCGAUCCGACGAUGGGCAUGGCCCGUAUGUGUCCGCCCGAGGCGAUCGAGCGUUGGCAACCAGUAUCGUCUUCACCAGCCUGGCAACCAUUUUCGUGUCCGCUCGUAUCUACACGCGGGCCAAAUUGAUGCGCCGCAUGGAGCCCAAUGACUGGAUGAUCUUGCUUGCCUUGUCUCUCUCUUUUGUCUUCAUGGGCCUAUUCAUUGUUGAAUCCAGGACUGGAAUGGGCAUGCACAUGGCCGAUAUUCCUCCGUCCAUCCUCACACAGCAGAUGAAGGCGUUCUGGCUCACCAUCCCGUUCUACAACGCCGCAUUGCUGCUCGCCAAAGCGUCGAUCCUGAUGCAGUAUUUCCGUGUCUUCCCCACCCGUCGCAUGCGUCGCAUCUGCUGGGUCAUGAUCGGCAUGCUCGCUACCUAUGGCUCCUGGGCGGUCCUGAGCGCCUUUCUCAACUGCAUCCCCGUGUCCAAAUUCUGGGACCCGACAGUGGAGGGAUACUGUUUGAACAUGGAAGGCCUGUGGUUCUCGAACGCGUCCAUGCACAUUGCCACGGACAUUGCGAUUCUCCUCAUCCCCAUCCCAGCCAUGUGGGGACUGGAGCUGCCGCGGAAACAGAAGAUGGCUUUGAUAUCUAUCUUCGCUUUGGGUGGAUUCGUCUGUGUGACCAGCGUGUGCCGCCUCGUUUCGUUGAAGACGAUCGCCGACUCUUCGGACCCUACCUACGACAAUGUCGGUGCCGCGUCCUGGUCUGCCAUCGAAUGCAACACCGGAAUCAUCUGCGCCUGUCUCCCCACCCUGCGGCCUCUGGUGUCGCAUUUCCUCCCACACCUGCUCUCGACCUUGAGUGGCGGCCGCACCUAUGGCCAGGCCUAUGGCCACCCUGCCUCCACCAACAGCCAGACCCCGACCUUCUGGGACGGCAACGGCACCGUCACCACCACGAUCACCACAAACAUGGAGGAUCUGGAGUUCGCGCAUUGCCCCGGCGACGCCGACCGCUAUCUGACGCUUGUUCCGGGCCACGAGAUCGGCGGAAAGGGGAAGCUCAUGGUGCGCGAAACCAGCAGCAAUGCGGAGGAACUCCACGCGGCGGCGCGGGUCGAGCCUCGCGAAAUGGCCCGUUACCUUGAUCUACCUACACCCAGUCAGAAGCGUAGGAUCUCCACCUUCCUCUUAUACUUGCUUAUAUUAUAUUAUAUCCCCGUCACGGGCCACGGCACUAUAUCCAUCCUGCCCCUCGUUCCUUAG